AUGUCAUCCAACCUUCCCCUCCGUACGAUUCGAAUACCCGCCCUUCGCAACCAAUGCCUCCAUCAACAGCGUCGGCACGCGCAAUCGCCGCGCGCCUUCUCCACUACCAGUCCACAAGCAUUCGCCUCAAGUUCCCCACGACUGCGAGGCGGGAGCUCUCUGGGUCAAGAUAGAGCCAUUACUAGAGCUGCGACGAGAACUAUGAUAGGACCAGCACCAAAGGUCAACGAAAUCAAGGCGCAAGAAGAGGGUGCCUUGUCGGACGACAUUGGGUUAUUGCAAGAUACGGUCGUCCGCGCGCCUUGGGGCAGAUUGCCAGGCAUGUGGACGCCGGGCUUUUGGGGCUACAUGUGGAAGUUAAUAAAAAGCAAGGGAACAUCGUUGUACUCGAGAAUACUGUACAAACGCUGCAUAUACAAGACAGGGUGGGGGAGGUUCACUGCUAUCGAUGCAGGAAACAAGAGUUACAUUAAAGACAGGGCGAUGAACCUUUACAUCCAGCUAUAUGUCAAUUUCGCAAGAGGAGACAUGUCCCCCGUAUCCCAAUUCUGCCUUUCGCCGGUUCUCCGAAGCUUCCAGGACCGUAUAGCCGCUCGCGGACCUCUCACAAUGGAAUGGCAACUAACAAAAACUCCAUCCAUGAGGAUAGUCUCGCACCGCGCAUCUUUGUUUGGUGAAGAUCAGCCCGAUACGGCUUACCGUCAAGCUGUAAUUCGAAUUGUAUCCACUCAGAAGCUCACCGUAAAGCCCUCGGUUGUUUCUAUGGGUACGAGUUCCAGCGUUUCCAAAUCUGUGAACAGGACCAGGAGUCGAAAGAGCAUCGAAGAAUCUCACGAGGUGGACGGAGACACGGCCUUUCCAGAAAGCACACAGCCACGAAAAGUCGUCGAGUAUUUCGUAUUACAGCGUCGGGUCAUCAAGGGACAAGAAGAGGACUGGAAAAUCUGGGGCUUUACGCAAGCAAGCACGCCAGCCAAGAUCGAGGAUGAUGAGGCUUAUUGGCGGAAGACACUAAACUCGCAGGCUGCUGGGGCUUGAAAAUAGGAUCUGAUCAGACAUCGAACGCAAGAGAAUUAUUCUGUACUACUACUUCCACUGUAUAUCAAGGCACAGUAUUGUUGCGGCUCACGAUGAACGUUGCUAUUGGAUGUCUGAUUGGGCAUGCACGCGCACCAAUGUCAUGAAAAUGGCUUUUAG